CCUUGUUUUCUUAUCCACCAAAGUCCAAAACCCAAUCCGAUAACAUAUUCCCUCCUACCAAAACCGUACUACUCUCAGCCACAGCAACUGUAAUGGCUCUGAAUAGUGGCCGGAUGCUAUGCAACCCUUCCACAAUAGCACCAUACAACCGUUUCCCUUUACACCGUCCAGUCCUCCUCCAUCCUCCUUCAUCUAGAACACCUCUUCACAUCGUUUUAGCUGCCAAGAAACUCUCGUCUAGAACCGGAAAAUUCGACAGCAAGAACAAAAGAGGGUCGACCUCGACCAGAGAAGAUGAAUCAUCCGGUGAGUUUAACGAUGGUGCAAUUGGAACCGUUGAUGCGACGGAGGUAGAGAAUUUUGAUGGAUAUGUGUUGCCGGAUCUUCCCGGACUUGAGCCGGAUUUUUGGGAAGGGCCUCAAUGGGAUGGUUUUGGAUUCGUCAUUGAGUACUUGUGGGCUUUUGGAAUCGUUUUUGCGUUAGUUUCUAGUGGUAUUGCUGUGGCAACAUAUAAUGAAGGCGCGACAGAUUUUAAAGAGACUCCAGCAUAUAAGGAAUCAAUUCAAUCAAGGGACUUGUUAGAAGAACCGGAGGCAUCAAGUCCGGAUGUUUUUGAGUCCAACCCUACUGAAGAGGCUCCUAGUUUGGAAUAAGUAGUAUUUGUGCAAACAAAAGCAAAGAUUGUUAAAGGUAAUGUACUUUGUUGCUAAAACAAGUUUCUUCUUUAAUGUAUGAUAUAGUUGUGGAAUGUUUUAAGGUACCAAUGUUCAAACUGUAUCCACAUGCGUAAUUUGAAA